AUAAUUAUCAUCCUCCCAAUUUCCUUCACUAUCUCUCUUUCUUUCUCUCUCUAUAUCUCUCCCAAAGGCAAGCAAAGAGAAAUGGCAGAUCAGCUCACCGAUGACCAGAUCUCCGAAUUCAAGGAAGCUUUCAGUCUAUUCGACAAGGAUGGAGAUGGUUGUAUUACGACGAAAGAGCUUGGAACUGUUAUGCGAUCAUUGGGACAGAAUCCAACAGAGGCAGAGCUACAAGACAUGAUAAAUGAAGUGGAUGCUGAUGGAAAUGGAACAAUUGAUUUCCCAGAGUUUCUCAACCUGAUGGCUAGGAAGAUGAAGGAUACAGAUUCUGAAGAGGAGUUGAAGGAAGCUUUCAGGGUUUUCGAUAAGGAUCAAAAUGGUUUCAUUUCUGCUGCUGAGCUUCGUCAUGUAAUGACGAAUCUUGGGGAGAAGUUAACUGAUGAAGAAGUUGAUGAGAUGAUUCGUGAGGCUGAUGUGGAUGGAGAUGGACAGAUUAACUACGAGGAGUUUGUUAAGGUUAUGAUGGCCAAGUAGAUGAUUGGAACAACAUAGAAACCAACCAGAAACGUUAAAAGAAGGAAAAAGACGGGGAACUCGAGAGAGCUGGAUAAGUAGUCGGGUGAGAUUUAUGGUCUUGAAUUGGCCUACUUUUGCGGUUCUUCUUCCUAUCUGAAUUGUUGGUAUUAUUGGGUGUUUUAUUUUAUUGCAAGUGUGUUUUUCCUGUUUUUGAAAUCUUUUCAUCAUCUAUCUGCUUUGGUUUAGGUCUUUUAAGUGGUUAUUAGUAGCAUCCUUUGUUUUGUUUUAUUUAUGUUUUGAUUUCAUAUUGACAUUAUUAUCAAUUUAGAACAUUUUCCCUUGG